AAUUCACUUUGAUAAAACUUUAUCUCUCUCUCUCUCUCUCUCUCUCUCUCUCUCUCUUCUUCUGAUAUUUUUCUUUUUCUUGUUUUGGGUUUAGGCCUGAACCAGAGGACGAUAUAGUAGUAACAAAAGAAGCAAUCAAGCAAGCUAUCACGGCUCUUCGAAAACGGCAUUUAGUCGAAGAAGCCGCUCAUGCUCCAGCUUUCCUCGCUCUUGCUAGGCCGAUUCUUUCUCAGACAUUGGAUAUCUUGAUUGACCUCGUUGAUAUGUGGCACCGAAGGGCUCAGAAUGGAAAACGAAAGCUGAAAAUCUUGAAUUGGAACUUCAGCAAUGUUAUAAAGCUCAAGCUCGAUUGUCAGAGCAGCUUGUGGUCGAAGUUGCUGAAUCCAGGGAGUCGAAAACAUUGGUACAGGAGAAAGAAGCCCUUAUCACUGAUCUAGAAAAUGAGCUUGCACAAUCGAGGGAGGAAUGUUCUCGUUUAAACGCACUCUUAGCAGAAAAGACUGAAGCUCUAGAACUUAUCAUGACUGAGCACAAUGAUCUGAAAAUACAACUUGAAGCAGCAACUGUUAGAGCUGAUGAUCUUGAAGCAGAAAACAAGACGUUAAUUGAUCGAUGGAUGCUGCAGAAGAUGCAGGAAGCUGAACACCUGAAUGAGGCAGAUGCCACGUUUGAAGAUAUGAUGAACAAAAUGAAGGCUAGCAGUAUCGAACAGCUGGCUCGACGACAAGUAGAUGGUGUGGUCCGCCUGAGAGAGGAGGAUGAGUACUGCAUGGAAUCAACUGUUCCCAGCAUAUGCAAGCGACAGAUCUCUGCACAUGACGGUGGCUGUGAUGUUAUAGUGUUUGAGCAUAACUCCACCAAAUUGAUUAGCGGAGGGCAGGACCGAGUAGUAAACAUGUGGGACACAACUACCGGGGCAUUGGUGCGCACCUUUCAUGGCUGUGUGGGCUCUGUUAUUGAUCUUUCUAUCACCCAUGAUAACAGAACCAUCAUUGCUGCCAGUGUUUCCAACAACUUAGUUGCCUGGGAUGUAAAUUCGGGCCGAGCACGCCAUACUCUCACGGGCCAUGUAGAGAAAGUAUGUGCUGUAGAUGUUAGUAAAGUUUCAAGCCACCAUGUUGUUAGCUCAGCUUAUGAUCGUACCAUAAAAGUUUGGGAUCUGCACACUGGUUAUUGUAUGAAAACACUUCUCUUCCACAGCAAUUGCAAUGCACUUUCUUUUAGCACGGACGGUCAAGCCAUUUUCUCAGGUCAUGUAGAUGGAUGUCUUCGGCUGUGGGAUAUCCAAACUGGUAAACUUCUGAGUGAAGUUGCAGCACAUUCACUUGCUGUUACAUCAUUAUCUCUAUCCCAUAAUGGCAAUCUAAUAUUGACGAGUGGGAGAGACAACAUGCACAAUUUAUUUGACAUGCGGAGUCUAGAAAUCUGUGGCACGUUUAGAGCGAAUGGCAGUAGAGUUGCUUCUAACUGGAGCCGAUCCUGUCUCAGUUCAGAUGACAAUUACAUUGCUGCUGGAUCGGCAGAUGGAUCUGUUCUUAUUUGGUCAACAUCAAAUGGUAGUGUAGUAAGCACUCUAAAGAAGCACAAAGGUUCAGUUGUCUGUUGUACAUGGAGUGGCUUUGGAAAACCACUAGCUACAUCUGACAAGAAUGGUUCUAUUUGCAUAUGGGCAUGAUAGGAUAAGGACAUUUUAAUGUGCAUAUGGUAGGCCUUUUCAUACUGGUUUACUACUUGAUGCGUUUUAUAUCAGCAUCCAGUCCAUGUAAAUUUCAACGAGAGAGAAAUUUUCUCACUUCCUAAGUAGAAUUGAGAGACUUCUGCUGGAGGUACAAUUUUGUUGACUGACUCCUGAUUUGAUAUUUAUCUUGUGAAAAGUUCAUUUUGUGCAUAAAA